AUGCGCGCCAUCUGGGACGCUAUGGAUGGGGUCGCGCGGAUCAGCCAGCGCAUCACGAAGCAGACGGGCCAUCUGAUCCGUAUUGAGGCCGCGCGCACGGAGAAAGACCAGAGCCCAUACCAGCCGUUACAGGCGUACAUGGAUGAGGAGCAGAUCCAGCGGCAUGUCGAGCCAUGGCAGCAGAUCGUGAUGUUUUUCGCCCGCACCCAGGUCGAGCACGAUUGGCAGAGCCCGCCAUACCGAUUCACCCCCCGCCAGCGACGGGCAUGGCAGGCACUAUGGCGGUGUGCCCAAGACACGCGUGGGAGCCCCGACCCCAUGGACAGCCAGGGCCAGGAUCGGGGCCAGAGCCAGGGCGACCACACCGACGAGGAGUAUCAGAUGACUUCGAUCCAGACCGCAUGCAUGGACUUUUGCAUUGAGCUAUUGAACCAGCGCAUCGGCGCCGAAGAGUACGAGUGUGCAUUGGUCUGCGCAUUAGCCGUGCUUGGUCAGGGCCGUGAUCGAUGGCGGGACGCGGAGAGCUAUCCCCCGAUUUUGUCCAAGAUGAUCAAGAUCAGCCGAUUCAUGGUAUUACACAAAUCAUUACGAUUAGAUCCACGGGCCGAGGCGAUCAUCCAGUACAUGCGCGACCGUCGGGAGCUCAGCGUGUGGUCCGUGGAGAGCCCGAUGGACGAUGUCGACUAUACAUACGCUGGGCAGGACGAGGGCUACGGGAGCGAGAGCGCACCAGGCAGCGCACCGAGCAGCGCAGCGAGUAGUCCCAGGAGUAGUCCCGGGAGUAGCCCAGCGUUUGAGCCCGUCCAUCGUCGGGAGCCGAUGCAAUUCAGCCAGCAGCAGCGACGGAAACCACGACCGUUUCGCGAAUGGCUGCGAUUGUUGACGGACACGUUCAUGGUCCGCGGCACGCAUAGUCCGAUGCAGUGGAUGCUCGAUCUGCGCACGUACGGUUUACGCAUCCAUUACAGCAGUACGGCCACCGGCCACGUGAGCUGGUCCGGCCAGGACGAGUUGCUUUACAAGGAGGUCCAUUUCACGAUGGGCGAUUUCCGGGGCUUUGUCCACGGGUUGGUCAGCUCCAUGCGCCAGCUGCUACACGAGGAGCUAUUGAUGUGCGACGCCGCCAGCGCCCCCACGAUCCCAUGGGACCAGAUGAUGGACGACCCGACGCAGCCCAAGCCCGGGUGGAGUUUUUUGAAUGACAGUCGCACGCCGUGGCCCGUCCCCGGGGCACAGUGGCUGAUAGGGCGGAUCCAGAGCGAGCCCCGACUACAGCAGCGGUUCAUCGACGGCCCCGAGCGUCGGUUCCGCAUGCGGGCCAUCGAGCGAUACAUGCAGAACGUGGUGGAGUUCCGCGAGAAGCUCAGCGUCGGCAUCCAUGUUACCGCCGGCCAGCCCGGACGGGCCCCCGAGCUGUUGAGUAUCCGUCAUCGCAACACCGAAGGGGCCCACCGCAAUGUAUUCAUCGAGGACGGGCUCGUCGUGUUCGCCACGAAGUACCACAAGGGGUUUUAUGCGAGCAACGACGCGAAGAUCAUCCAUCGGUAUUUGCCGCGCGCCGUCGGCGAGCUGGUCGUGUGGUAUCUGUGGUUGGUGUUGCCAUUCGUCGAACGAUUGCAGGCGUUGCAGCAGCAGGUCCAGGGCACCAGCGAGGAGACCAUCCAGACCAUGCAAAUGCGUGCAUCGUACAUCUGGGGCCCCGACCCCCACCGUGGCCGCGAGUGGACGUCGGAGCGAUUCCGGGAAGCAUUGAAACGGGAGACGACCGCCGGCUUGAAGGGACGCGCGUUGAAUUUGCUCGCGUACCGGAACAUCGCGAUUGGCAUCAGCCGGCGGUAUUUACGGUGGUCCAGUGCAUUCCCCGACAACGUCCAGAGUGAGCGAAGUGCCGAGACGCCCAUGGACGAAGAUCAUGAACCGGGGAUGGACUACGACCAGUUCAUGGGCCACAUCGCGGACUUACAGGCGGCGCAUUCAUCGCACUUGGCGGGGAUGAUUUACGGCCGCGAGAUCACCGAGCAGGCCGGGACGACGGCGCACCGACGGGAGAUGUUCCGAUUGUCGAGCACGGAUUGGCACCGGUUUUUAGGGUUCGAGAGCGCGGAGGACGCACUAGGACGGGUGCUGGGGAAGCGCAAGGCCGGGCCGUGGGAGAGCGAGGCCGACGAGCGGCGACGGCAGCGCCAGUGGCAGCUCCACCAGGCGAACAUGACGGAGGCGUUGCAGCGGAUGACCAACGACGACCAGAGCCAGUUCCGCGGUAUCCAGGGGCCGGCCAUGCAGGCGAUCCAGCAUGGGGUGAGCCCCGUGGUCGUCGUGAUGCCGACGGGCGGGGGGAAGAGCAUGUUGUUCAUGUUACCGGCAUGGGUCAGCGGCGGGCUAACGGUGGUCGUCGUCCCAUUGAUUGCUUUACGCCAGGACUUGCAGCAGCGAUGCGCGGUGGCCGGCAUCUCGUGCGUCGAAUGGGAGAGCCGGCGGCCGCCCGACGAGGCGGCCAUUGUACUCGUCACGCCCGAAUCCGCGUUGAGUGAGGAUUUCAUCACGUUUUUGAACCGACAGCAGGUAUGUCCCCCCGCGAUCCGAGACCCCAGCCGGCGCCCCCAGUUUAGAACCGGGGUUAUAAGGAUGCGUUCGAACCCCGGUUUUAAAACGGGGGCCCAGGGAUUAGGGUUGAUGUCCCCAUGUCCCACCGUCACCAACUGA